GUACCAAAGCACAUCAAUACGUUUGCCAGCUGCAAUUAUCAGUUGUUGCUGUAUCUUGUGAGUGUUUUGUGUUUUGUGGCCACAGAUAUUAAAACAAUUCUGAAAUAAAUGAUAUUUACGAAUUAAUUUCGAUUAAGAGCAUCUCACAAUGGCGCACAUGUCCCACAUGCUGCCCCAGACAUCGACGCCCUCGAGCGCUCCCUCGGGUACCUCGUCGCGCACGAUGUCGCUCAUGGAAAAACAGAAGUAUAUCGAGGAUUAUGACUUUCCCUACUGCGACGAGAGCAGUAAAUAUGAGAAAGUCGCCAAAAUUGGUCAGGGCACCUUUGGAGAGGUGUUCAAGGCACGCGAAAAGAAGAGCAACAAAAAGUUUGUUGCCAUGAAGAAGGUGCUCAUGGAUAAUGAAAAGGAGGGCUUUCCCAUUACGGCUCUGCGCGAGAUUCGCAUCUUGCAGCUGCUGAAGCACGAGAAUGUUGUCAACCUGAUUGAGAUUUGCCGUACCAAGGCGACCGUCCACAAUGGCUACAGAUCAACCUUCUAUUUGGUGUUCGACUUUUGUGAGCAUGACCUGGCCGGUUUGUUGUCCAAUAUGAAUGUGAAAUUCAGCUUGGGUGAGAUCAAAAAGGUUAUGCAGCAACUGCUAAAUGGCCUCUACUACAUACACAGCAACAAGAUUCUGCAUCGUGACAUGAAAGCGGCUAAUGUGCUCAUCACAAAACAUGGCAUCUUAAAGUUGGCCGACUUUGGCUUGGCCCGUGCAUUUAGCAUUCCAAAGAAUGAUUGCAAGAAUCGUUAUACAAAUCGUGUGGUUACCUUAUGGUAUCGUCCACCCGAACUGCUGCUGGGUGAUCGCAACUACGGCCCACCGGUGGAUAUGUGGGGCGCUGGCUGCAUCAUGGCUGAAAUGUGGACACGUUCGCCCAUUAUGCAGGGCAAUACGGAGCAACAGCAGUUGACGUUCAUCUCACAGCUGUGCGGCUCAUUUACGCCAGACGUUUGGCCGGGCGUCGAGGAACUCGAACUGUACAAAUCCAUUGAGUUGCCAAAGAAUCAGAAGCGUCGCGUCAAGGAGCGUCUACGUCCGUAUGUUAAGGAUCCAACUGGCUGUGAUUUGCUAGACAAACUGCUGACACUGGAUCCGAAGAAACGCAUUGAUGCAGACACAGCCCUGAAUCACGAUUUCUUUUGGACUGAUCCCAUGCCCAGCGACCUGAGUAAAAUGUUGUCGCAGCAUCUGCAGAGCAUGUUCGAAUAUUUGGCACAACCGCGUCGCAGCAAUCAGAUGCGCAAUUACCAUCAGCAGUUGACAACGAUGAAUCAGAAGCCGCAAGAUAAUAGUAUGAUUGACAGAGUCUGGUAGAAUUUAAUACCUAAAUAUAAGCUUUUAGUUAGUCAUAAAAAGAUACAAAUGUAAAAAGGUGUAUUUGCAUCGAUUUAAAUAGCAUUUGAAUUUAAAGACAAAUAUUUGUAAACAUUUUACCCUAGUUCUCUGUCCGUGCAGAACGCAGUAAAAGUAAUAAUUUCCACAUAAAAGAGAAAAAC